AGAAAAGCUAAGCCCUAAAACAAUUUACAAACUUUUUGACUUGCUAGUAGUGACAAAUGGGGAGCCAAAUGGAGAGCCAUUGCAUUGACGAUGAUAUACUCACCGUCAUAUGGACGGCGGAGCAAGUCAUUCAGAGAGUCUGCGAAUUAGCUUCUCAAAUCAACAACGAUUUCUCUUCGCCAGGAUCUUCUUCUCCGGUGGUCGUCGGUGUUGCCACCGGAGCCUUCCUCUUCCUCGCCGACCUCGUCCGCAACAUCAAAUUGCCUGUCACCGUCGAUUUUGUCCGAGUUGAAUCCUAUGGCUCUGGAACUGUUUCCAAUGGUGCUCCGAAGAUUUCAUGUGAUGUGAAGCUUGAUGUCGUCGGAAAACAUGUCAUUCUGGUUGAGGACAUUGUAGAUACAGGAAACACUAUUUCCCAUCUCAUUUCUUACUUGGAAAGUAAAGGCGCAACAUCCGUUUCUGUGUGCACUCUUCUUGACAAACCAUCAAGAAGAAAAGUUCAUUUUAAGCUCUUGGGUGAUGGAAAGUUCUAUGGUGGUUUUGAGUGCCCGGAUUCAUUUGUGGUUGGGUAUGGGCUGGAUUUCAACGAAAGGUAUAGGAACUUGGGUUACAUUGGAGUCUUGAAGCCAGAGAUAUAUGAGUGAUUUUUAUUUACUUAAGGAAUGAAUAAUAACUAAUAAGCUAAAACCAUGGUAGUUGAUGUUUGGUUGUACAUGAAUCGUUUUUAUGAAAAUGUAAUGCAAAAAAAGGGCGUAUUUUGCUCUAUUUUUUAUUUCA